UCACGUGACCUGACAACCGCUUGCGAAAAUAUCUCCGAAUCGAAAUCCUUAUUUCUGAAGCCUUUUACUGCACGAACCAACACCGAAAUGCCGAAUAUGAACAUUAAAUGUGUUUUGUAAAAGUUCAUGGGCGGUUAAGCUGAGGCAGAGUCUCGGAGAGCGCGUCUAGGAGUGUGCAAAGAGAGAGAAUUAAUGUUGUUGAAGGCGCAGGAUGCCCCGCCGGAAGCGCACAGGGGAUGAAGGCGGAAGAAGAGCCAAAGUCAGCCGAGUGGAGCUCAAUGAGGAGCCCCUGGUUAUUUCUGAUUCUGAUCAUGAAGAGGAAGAAUGUACCAAUAACUGCUCAUCUCGUUCAGCGCGGUGGAAGCGAAGAGAAAAUAAGUCUCAUUUACGAGACAUGACAGAAGAGGAGAUGCUGGCUCUGGCCAUGAGACUGAGCGCUCAAGAAGCAAACUCUGCAGCCCAGAGAGAAGAGCUGGAAGACAGCGACAUACAGAAAGCCAUCGCCGAGAGUCUGAAUGAGAGCGUUGUAAAACCAUCUGACAGUCUGGAGAAUGAAGCAGGCAGCUCUUCUGAUCAACCACUAGAGAAUGAAGCAGAAACAUCAACAAAUCUGAGACGAAAACUGUGCUACCCCAGCCAAGAUCAGACACACAAUGAGAUAGAAAGGGAAACUAGUCCACUUCCAGAAAUGCCAGAUCUAUCACAGACGACCUCCUCAAAUAUUUCAUCCAUGAGUCCAGCUCACAUAUCCAGGCCUCCAGCUGACACUCAGGACAAACAGACAGCCAUCAGCGACACUCCAGAAUUUGAGAUCUUCAAAUCUCUCUCAGAGUCCCAGUUGUCCCCUGUCUUGACCAGACAAAGCUCCUCCAAUCGGCGACCUGUAGUCUGUGUGGAGAAACUGAGUCAGGAGCUCAUCUCAGUGAGCGCAGAUUCAGUAAACGUCCACACACAGAACAGCAUUGUCACUCCCUCCCGUGCCAAUGGAUCUCAGUUUCCCGAGCAGGUAGAUUCACCCUUACCCAAAUGCCCGGUCUUCACUCAGAAUGACUUAAGACGAGGAAUCAAUUUAGUAGAGGGCAAAGCUGAUGAUAAAAGUUUCAAUGGGAAAGAAGAUGAAACUCAAAUACCCGAUGAAGAUACGCAUUUACCAACAGAGUCAAGCCAAGGUUUGAGCACAGAGUCAGAUACGUGCCUUUCGCCAUCGAGGAAAUCCCAGCUGUCAAGCCCAAAAUGUGUGCCUAAAAUGAAGGAAGAUGCCACUUUAACAGGUAGAACCCUUGACCAAAAGCCAGUGGAGGAUCAGACCACUCUGAGAGAGAAAGAAUCUGUCACUGAGUCUGCUUUAAAGACACAGUCUUGGGAGGGAUUUACUAGUCACAUGGUCUUGCUUUUACCAGAUGAUGAUGAAGAUGAUGGCAGUGAAGAGAUCCUCUCACCGAGUCCUGUCCUUCACAAAGAGAUGAUAAUCCGACCCCUCAAUAUUGAGAUUUCUCCAACGCAGUCCCACGUGUCUUCAUCCACCAACAAUCCUUCCACACAGGACACGGAGGUGUCCCGGUCUGUCCUGGAGCAGGACUCGAGAGCAUCCAGAGGCGCUGAAUUCAAACCCUCAUACUGUAAAGCUUCACAUUCUUCAGAGGAAAAUGGAGAACGCACAGUCGCAUACUACUGGGGAGUGCCUUUCUGCCCCAUGGGCCAAAACCCAGAGGAGUACACACGUGUGAUCAUGUGUCAGAUGGAGGUGUAUGAGAAGAGCCUGAAGGAGGCCCAGCGAGAGCUGCUGCGCAAAGCAGACUGGGGAAAACCGGUUUGUCCUGAAUCACCAGAAAGGUCAUUUGGUGCGAGGAGAUGGAAACGCCACAGAGCUACCCGGCUGUCUGAGGAAGAGGAGGAGAAUGAAGUAGAGGCUGAGAAAGAAAAUAACACAAUAGUAGAAGAAGAAGAAAAGGAGGAAGCCAGGGACAAGUCUGCAGUUGGGACACUUAAUAAUGCUGACGGCGGACAGAGCGAAACCUAUGUUGUUUUAUCUUCUCCAGAGACUAAAGAUGAGCAAGUGGACAAAACCCCUUUCUUCAGCCAAGAAGAGCCUGAAACUAGAGCUGCGGAUAAACAUAUCAGGAACAGUGCUCUAUGGGACACUUCAGAUGAAACUGGAUCACAGUAUCCAGCUGAGCAGCAUGUAGACGAGACUCCCAAUCUGGAGGCUUGUGAAGAGGAUCCGACAGUUUGUCCAGAGACACAGAUGAGUGAAAGCAGCACACCAGAGCUGAUGAUGACAAGUCCUGCACAGGCCCAGUCUCGUGCUGACAGCGAGGUGAUGGAGGUGGAGGAUGGAGGAGACGCUCCGGCAGCAGACGAGGAGAUGAUGAUGAUGAUGGAGCAGGAUGCUGAUCCUGCAGAGCCGGCUGCUCCUCUCAGUGAGCAGAUGGAGUGUCCCAUGUGCUCCAAACUCUUCCCCAUCAGCAGCAUCGAGAUGCACGCAGCUUACUGUGAUGGAGAAGCGGACCAGCAGGACCAGCAGUCACAAGUUGUCCGGCGGACGAGGAACAGAAGACAGUUGAUGGAGGACACUCAUCAAUCUGAGAAAUCAGCACAGAUUGAGAAGUGCUCCAUGUGUCAGGGUUUGUUUCCACUAAAGGAGUAUAUACAACAUGUCCCUUUGUGCUUAGAGAGAGGCUCAAGAGCUAAUCAGGAAAACGGCCUGCUUUCUGCUCUGGAGCGGACAGAACAGAGAAGCACUGUUUCUGCCAGUGAUGAGCCUGGCCCGUCUGAUGUUUCUACAAAGAGCAACUGCAACUCUGCUGAUAUUGUGGUGAUGUGGACGUCUGAAAGUGUCAGUGAAGCAAUGGUUUCUUCUCCCAGCAGCACCUUCACUCCUCCUUCAGAGAAAACACAAUGCCUUACUGAUUCCGCCAGGAACAGCCUAAGACUCUCAAGAAAGAGAAAAUACAAAAAGUAGUGGGGAGAACAAUGCUUUUAGCAACACUGCUAUUCAAUGCUUCUUCAUUUAUAUGACUUUUUAUACAAUUAAAAUGCACACAGUUGUCUAUUUAAAGUCUUUGUUGUCUAAAAGAAGUGUAUCAAAUGAUAUUGACACCGUCUUGAGUUUGUAUUAAAUGUCUGUUUAGACUUUCA